AUGCGGCUGGGAGGUUUUGAUGAGGAGGAGCCAACAGAAGAAGAGAAAGAGGAGAAACAUAGGCAAGAGUUACACCAAAAAAGGGUUAAGAUGAGAGACCGGCGAAACUUGGUUUCUGAUAUGCGUGUACAAAUAGAAAAUGCGUACCAGCGGAUGUGUAUCUUACAGGACAUCUACAACUGGAUCGUAUACCAGCAGAAAGACUUGGAAGAAACUAUAUUAGAAGAAGAUGAUGUGAUAGAGGCAUUAGAGGAAGAAGAAAACAAGUCUCACAGAACAAUUCUGCAUUGCUUGGCUGACUUCACAAGAUCUACUCAGAAUAUGGCAUCGGUUGGACAAGAAAUAUUAAAACAGAUUAAAAAUUUGACAGCACCGUAUGCUAAGAAGAACAUUCCAAGAAUGCCAGUUCUUGACGAAAAGACAUUGGCAUCGUCCAAAAGCAAGUGGGAGAUUGCCGUCGUCCGGGUGUUGGUGUUGAUGGAGGAAGCCAGCAGAUGGGUGAAGGGAGUCCCCAUGAAAAGUGCGUUAAGCAAUGGCAGAAAGCAGUUCGAUAUCAUGAUGAAGGUGGUUGAUCAGAAUUUUGAAGAUCUGCAAGAAGUGAAACAAAAAGCAGAAAUGUUUGAACAGCAAUCGUUUUUUCUGAAGAAAUGUCUCGUGACUAAUACAAAUGAAAUCGAAUAUAUGAGGAAGUUGCUGCAAACUCACACGACUGAAAUGAAUGAUCUCAAGUUGAAACUGGCUCAGUCGACUGAGAUGAAUAACAGACUUAUGACCCAAGUGUUUAAACUGCAGGGGAAAGUUACAUCGCAGGCCGAUUUCAAGGCCGUCGAGGAACCUGCUGUCAUCCAGCCGCCUGAGGUGGACAAAGAAGGUGAUAAAACUGAGCAUCCCAAAAACAUUCCAAAGGAACUGACUGAACACCUUGAAAAGGUGGAAAUGUUAAGUGACAAAAUAAAAGAGUUGGAAAAACAGUUACAAAAAGAACGAAACAAUGGGAAUUACCUGAAGGCAAUUUUAUACUUCAAGACGGCGCCACCUUUAGAACUGCUGACGCCAUCGGCUACCGACAUUGAUGAAGUGUCACCAUUGGGGACAGAUGUAGGGACACCCACUAAAACUGAGGAAGUGCCACCCACAGGCACAGUGCCAGUUCCAGGCAUAGGUGUAGUGCCAGUUCCAGGCACAGGUGUAGUGCCACAUACAGGCAUAGGUGUAGUGCCACCUACAAGCACAGUUCCAGGCAUAGAUGUAGUGCCACUUCCAGGCACAGGUGCCGUGCCACCUACAGGCACAGUUCCAGGCAUAGGCGUAGUGCCACCUACAGAUGCAGGUGUAGUGCCACCUACAGAUGCAGGUGUAGUGCCACCUACAGGUGCAGUUGUAGUGCCAGUUUCAGGCACAGGUGUCAUGCCACCUACAGGCACAGUUCCAGGCAUAGGUGUAGUGCCACCUACAGAUGCAGGUGUAGUGCCACCUACAGAUGCAGGUGUAGUGCCACCUACAGAUGCAGGUGUAGUGCCACCUACAGGUGCAGUUGUAGUGCCAGUUCCAGGCAUAGGUGUAGUGCCACUUCCAGGCACAGGUGUAGUGCCACCUACAGAUGCAGGUGUAGUGCCACCUACAGGUGCAGGUGUAGUGCCACCUACAGGUGCAGUUGUAGUGCCACCUACAGAUGCAGGUGUAGUGCCACCUACAGGCACAGUUGUAGUGCCACCUACAAACACAGGUGUAGUGCCACCUACAGACACAGGUAUAGUGCCACCUACAGGCACAGUUGUAGUGCCAGUUCCAGGCAUAGGUGUAGUGCCACUUCCAGGCACAGGUGUAGUGCCACCUACAGAUGCAGGUGUAGUGCCACCUACAGGCACAAGUGUAGUGCCACCUACAGGCACAGGUGUAGUGCUAGUUCCAGGCACAGGUGUAGUGUCACUUCCAGGCACAAGUGUAGUGCCAUCUACAGGCACAGGUGUAGUAUCACCUACAGGCACAGGUGUAAUCCCACUUCCAGGCACAGGUGUUUUCCCAUCUGCAGACACAGAUGUAGUGCCACUUCCAGGCACAGGUGUAGUGCCACUUCCAGGCACAGGUGUAAUGCCACCUACAGACACAGGUGUAGUGCCACCUACUGGCACGGGUAUAGUGCCACUUACAGGCACAGGUGUAGUGCCACUUCCAGGCACAGAUUUAGUGCCACUUCCAGGCACAGGUGUAGUGCCACCUACAGACACAGGUGUAGUGCCACUUCCAGGCACAGGUGUAGUGCCACUCUCAGGCACAGGUGUAGUGCCACCUACAGAUACAGGUGUAGUGCCACCUACAGGCACGGGUAUAGUGCCACCUACAGACACAGGUGUAUUGCCACUUCCAGACAUGGGUAUAGUGCCACCUACAGGCACGGGUGUUUUGCCACCUGAAGGCACUGGUGUAUUUCCACCUACAGACACAGGUGUAAUGCCACUUGCAGACAUGGGUGUUGUGCCACUUCCAGGCACAGGUGUUUUGCCACCUACAGGCACAGGUGUAGUGCCACAUACUGGCACAGGUGUAGUGCCACCUACAGGCACAGGUGUAGUCCACCUACAGAUACAGGUGUAGUGCCACAUACUGGCACAGGUGUAGUGCCACCUACAGACACAGGUGUAGUACCACCUACAUACACAGGUGUAGUGCCACCUACAGGCACAGGUGUUGUGUCACCUACAGACACAGGUGUA